AUGAGUUUGCAAGCGUAUGUCGACAAUUCUCUUUUGGGGACCGGGAAAAUCAACGAAGCCGCUAUAUACUCAAUAGCAGACAACAGUGUCUUGGGAGCCAGUUCAGCUUUCAGUGUUAAGCCUGAGGAGAUACAGAGCCUUGUGAAAGGCUUUACCGAUUCAGGCCCUCUGUAUUCCAAUGGGAUUCAUAUCGGCGGGACCAAAUAUAUUGCGAUCAAAGCGGAUGACCGGAGUAUAUAUGGCAAGAAGGGCAGCGAAGGAUUUUGUGCGGUGAAAACAAAGCAGGCAUUACUGAUUGGGCAUUAUCCUGAAACAGUACAGCCCUGGGAGGCGGCAAACGUUGUUGAGCAGCUUGCGGAUUACCUGAUCGGAGGAGAAUACUGA